GCGACCACGCCCCCGCCCACACACACAGUUCACAUUCAGAUUCAGUUUCAGUUUCAGUUUUGGGAAUUCCGGGGCGGAAAAAGGAGCAAUUGCCACGCCCACCUCCACCCAUAACCACCCAUUGCCACCCAACACCCACAGAUGGUUGGUUGAGUGGAUGUCAGGAUGAAACUGAGCGUGAGCGCGUAUCGGGCGCAUGCAUCCGCACACAAGAAGAUCCUCUCCAGCGGCUAUCACUCACAGCUCAACUACGGCAGCACUGGAGCGGCAGCGGCAUCCUCCUCGUCGUCGGGGGCCACAGCAACGGGCCUAUAUGCGAUGGAGGCCCACGAGCUCGAAGCGGGCAAGUUUGUCAAGGAUGUGGCCCGUCAGGUGCACGACUGCAACAGCGAUACGGACGUCAUCAGUCCCACGGGCACCAGUAGUUCCGGCGGAGGGGGUGGCGGAGGCGGCGGCGGAGGAGGAGGAGGUGGUGCCAGCGGAGGAUCCGGUGGUGCCGGCGGGCACGGUGGUCCCAGCGACGGCGGCUAUCACAAGCGGCACCACAAGAUGGUCCGCGAUGACGACAACAACAGUGCGGCGCACUCGUCGGACAGCAAGAGUCCCAGUCAGCGGAAAUCGCGUAUCGGAGAUGGAGCUUCAGAUCCAGAUUCCGAUUGGACACGAUCGAACCAGCGUUGGAUGAAGCUGCGCACCACCGUGCAGAUCUCAUCGGCGAUACAGAAGAAACCACCGCUCAAGCGCGAAGAUUCCUUCCUGAAGCGUUUCUCGACUAGACAGAUACCCGAAACACAGGAAACUGUUGAAGAUACGGGUUCAGAAAGUGCCUCUGGUGACGUCGACAAGAGUGUUAAACGGCGACGACGCUAUCUGCAGAAACGACGAUCCGUUGUUAAUCCAGAUGAAAAUUUUUACUUCUAUUGGUUAAUGAUGUUAACUGUAUGUGUUCUAUAUAAUCUAUGGACCCUAAUUGUGAGGCAGAGCUUUCCUGAACUGCAGCAAUCUGUGCCCACGUUUUGGCUCAUCUGCGAUUCGAUGACAGAUGUUGUAUUUAUCUUAGAUAUAAUAGUUCAAUUACGCACAGGCUAUCUGGAGCAGGGCCUAAUGGUAUACGAUGACAGGAAGCUGGCCUGCCACUAUGUUCACUCGCGCGACUUUAUCUUCGAUAUGAUUGCGCUGAUACCAUUGGAUUUGCUGCAGCUCAAGAUGGGCACACAUCCGCUCUUGCGUUUUACGCGAUUUUUUAAAGUUUAUCGAUCUGUGAGAUUUUAUUACAUCGUAGAAAGUAGAACAGUUUGGCCAAAUUUAUGGCGCGUUGUUAACCUAAUUCAUAUCCUGUUAAUAUUGGCACACUGGUUCGGUUGUUUCUAUUUUUUACUCUCCGAGGCGGAGGGUUUUCAGGGCGAUUGGGUCUAUCCGUAUCGACCCGGAGACUAUGCCACCCUGACGCGGAAGUAUCUGGGCAGCCUGUACUGGUCGACCCUGACACUGACGACCAUCGGGGAUCUGCCCACGCCCGAGACGAAUGCAGAACCGAACUUCUCGGUGGACGGCCCUCGAUCAAUUCCGAGGCGUGGCAUUAAAUCGCGCCUGCUUCAAUUCGGAUCUAGUUAUGGAUAUAUUUUUACGAUCGUUAGCUAUUUGAUUGGUGUUUUUAUCUUCGCCACCAUUGUGGGCCAAGUGGGCAAUGUGAUAACGAACCGAAAUGCGAAUCGCCUGGAGUUCGAGCGCCUGCUGGAUGGGGCCAAGACGUAUAUGCGGCACCACAAGGUGCCCGGUGGGAUGAAGCGUCGCGUGCUGCGGUGGUACGACUACAGCUGGUCCCGCGGACGGAUACAGGGUGGCGGUGACAUCAAUACCGCCUUGGGCCUGCUGCCCGACAAGCUGAAAACCGAAUUGGCCUUACAUGUCAACCUCAGCGUGCUGAAGAAGGUGACCAUUUUCCAAGAGUGCCAGCCCGAGUUCCUUCACGAUCUCGUGCUCAAGAUGAAGGCCUACAUCUUCACCCCAGGCGACUCCAUUUGCCGGAAGGGCGAGGUGGCCCGCGAGAUGUUCAUCAUUGCCGAUGGCAUUUUGGAGGUCCUCAGCGAGACGGGCAAGGUCCUCACCACCAUGAAGGCAGGCGAUUUUUUUGGCGAAAUCGGCAUCCUCAAUUUGGACGGGCUGAACAAACGCACGGCGGAUGUGCGGUCCGUUGGCUACUCAGAGCUUUUUUCGCUGUCCCGCGAGGAUGUCCUGGCGGCCAUGAAGGACUAUCCGGAUGCCCAGGAGAUCCUGCAGACGCUGGGCCGCAAGCGGCUGAUGGAGGUGCGCUGCGUGAACAAGAAGUAUGCCAAGGCCCAGAGCGACAAGGAGGCGGCGGCCUAUGCGGCGGCCCAUCCGCACCACCACCAGGGGCACCACCAGGGCCAGGUGCACCAGAGCGACAGCAGCGAGAACAGUGCCUCCAAGAAGAUCGUGGACAAGCUGAAGCACGACGUCAAGGGCUUUCGGAAUGUGCUCAAGAAGUCCAGGACCUCGCGGAAAAGCGAUGAAUCCCUGGAAAUGCAGCCGCUGCACAACACCUCGCCCCGCGGCAGCAAGAUCCUGCUGAAGCGAAUGUCGCGCGUGCGAUCGGAUGAAAAGGAUGCGGACAGUGCCGAGGCCAAGGACGAGCUGCACGACAAGACGCCCAGCCCGAUUGGGGCGGGGCUGCCGCUGCUGCAGCGCCUUCGGCUGCUCAAGGAGAAGCAGGAAUCGAUCCAGGAGGAGCCCGAACGCGAGUUCAGCGAAGGCUUUCCCCUGAUCCAGCGACUGCAGCAGUUGAAAAUUAAGAACGAGCCGCAGGCAAACGCCGCCGAACCCGGCGUCGUCAUGGUCAACACGCCGCCCAACAUCAGCAGCAAGAUAGAUUCGAUAGGAACUGGAAAUGGUGGUGGCCUUGGACAAUCGUUGACGGUGGCCCAGAUCAAGCCCAUCAUGAAGGUCUCCUUCAAGCAGAAGAUCCAGCAAAUGCAGGGCGGCGGCGGAGGAGGAGGAGGAGCCAGCAGUUCUCCAGCUGCGAGCACGGGAGCCAUAGCCAAAAAGGAGCCACCCAAGUCACUGGCUUUGGUGGCCAAGCAUGUGACUACCGAGGAUCCGGUGGUGACAGCUGGAUUGGGAAUGGGAUUGGGCUCCGGCAUAGCCACCAUAUCGAAGAGGGUGGUCAAACCCACCGCUGGUCCAACCCAUCGCAUGGCCACGCCCCUGCAAUCCGACACGGACACCGAUGGGACGCCCAUCAAGCCGUGGUCCAAGCUCAAGCUGGCCACCCUGAUGUCCUCCAGCUACACGAGCCUCACCAACUGCUCGCCCGAUGAUUUGGUCAUGACCUCGUCGCCGCUGAAGAACUACUCGCUGAGCAAUAUUCCCCAGCAGAUGGAUGGCUCGCAUCAGCAGCGACCUCGUCAUCACAGCGCCAGGAGCAGCGCGAGAUCACCUCGCCAUAGCCAUGGUCAUCAUCAUCAUCAGCAUCCGCAUUUGCAUCCGCACUCGCAUCCGCAUCACCCUCAACAGCAGCAGGCGGCUAGCUCCGCCAGCAAUCAAUCCAAUGGCUCAUUGACCACCAGCCAGAAGAGGGAUUGCCUGCGUCUCCAGAAGCCGGAGCAGCAUCUUCCCGACGGCGAGCUCACGGAACUGAGCGGCAAUGGAGGUCGGCGGAAGUUGUACCAGAGCGUCUUUGAUCUAUCGCCCGAAUAUUGCGGCCUGCCGUUUGUCAAGCGGCUGAAGAUCCUCAACGAGCGCCAGAAGUUGGCCGAACUGGAGAGAGCGCUGCAAACGCGGAGUUUCAGCCUGGAUUGCUCGAAAUCCGCAACAGAUAGCAAGGUGCCCAUCACGGAGUCACUGUAUCGCUGCUAUAGCGAUACGUCCGGCAUCUAUUCGCAGUUCCUCAGCACCUACGAGUCGACCACCAGCUCCGCCUCGAUAUCCACCAAUACAUCCGCAUCGGCAUCCGCUUCGGCAUCCGCAUCCGCUUCGGCAUCCGCAUCGGAUAGCAAUUCGCGGCAAUUGCAGUAUGUACCGCUGCCCCUGAGUCCCGAAUCGAAUGAGACCAUGGAGCGCAGGAAGCUGAAGAGCAUACUCAAGAAGCUCCAGAUGGGCGGUGGUCAGGAGGAGGAGGCGGCGGCGGUAGCGGCGGGAUCGGCGGUAACGGGUGGCCAAAGGUCAGGCCAAGGUCUUAUGGCCGAGCCAACCUUGGAAGGGUACGUGGCUAGGCACAGUAAGCUCUUGAAGAGUGUAACCUUCCAUUCCACUCUUUCCAGCCCGCCCGCCAGUGCCAAGGAGGAGUUGGAAUCUCCCUUGGGUUCGGGUUUGGGUUUGGGUGCGGGUUCGGUUACGGGUUCGGUGAAUAACGGUAACGAUAAUAGUGCUAACUCGCGUUCGAACAACAACAGUGCGUAUGCGUGUUCUUCACCUUCUUCACCGCGGGCGUUUCCGUUUCCGGUGCCACCAGUUAUCGCUUCUUCAGGAUUAGGAUCAGGAUCGAAUACGCCGCAGGAAUCCGCCCAACUGAAGGCGGGGGAGUUGGGCGGAACCGGCAAGGUAGUGCCUCCAGCGGCUGGAGCAUCUGGCUUAUCCGCAUCGGCAUCCGCGUCCACAUCCGCAUCCGCCUCGUAUGUCGUCGAGUGCUCGUCGUCGUCGCUGUCGUCGUCGAAUCAAAUCCUACACGCCCAGUCCACCACUGAUUUGAAUUUGAAUUUGCAGCUCAGGCAGAACACGACCAGUGCGACGUCCAUGGGCGGAACGGUUCCCGGUCCCCGGCUCGAAGGCUUCCCGGAGGCACAGGACUACUUCAAUCAGAUCCUCAGCGGCAUUAAUCACGUGAUCAAGACGCACAUGAACGAGAUGCACUCCAAGUUCGAGACGCAGUUCUCCAGCAUGGCCGGCGAGGUGCGACGUCGCGAUGCCAUCAUCGCCCAGCUGCAGCUCAAGCUGCGCUCCAUCGAGGGCAGGUCCUCGGCCCAGGCGGCAUCCACAUCCUCGUCCUUGGUCCUGCCACUCAGCCGGCGGCAGAAGCGCGAGAAGAUGUCCCAGUUGUCGGUGGACGACGAUGAGCCGCCCGAGGAGGAGGACAACAGCAGUUCGGGAUCUUCAGCGGAGCUUCUGUUUAUGCGCGGGGACUCCCUGGACACGGUCUUCACCUCAUCGCCGCCCAUUGGGGGCGGCAGGCGCAGCAUAUCGCCGGGCCCGAGUCGCCAUCACGCUGCCUCGGCGAACGCCCUGAACUGCCCGAGCAGCUACUACGGCGGACCCGGUGGCUCCCUCUCCCUCAGCUCCCGCCACGCCCAGAGCCACCCGAGCUUCUACUCGGGGCAGAGCUCCCAGCAGGGCAACGGACGCAGUGGUCGCAGUAGCAGUGGCUAUCGCGAGUGGAGCGGUGGAGGAGGAGGCGGCGGCGGAGGUGGAGGAGCGGACAGCGGAUCAAACAGUGCCGUCAUGGUGGCGGAUGUGACGGGCAAUCUGGCCCGCUUGUCGGACAGCGUGAUCCUGGACAUUGGCGAGAGCUCCAGUUCGAGCUCCUCGUCCAGCAAAAUCAAUAUGGCCGAGGUGGAGGACGACGACGACGACGACGAGGAGGAGGAGGAGCUAGAUCCAGCGGCGCGUCUUCCCGGCGAGGAUGAGGAUCUAAACGACACUGGUGGUAGAUCCGCUAGCCACAACGACUGGGAGGUGCGGAUGCUGGCCGCCGAAAUGGAGCGGCAGGAGCGCAAGCGGGGCCACUCCCUCAAUCCCGACAAUCUCGGCGAGCUGAGGCACUGCAGCACUUUCCUGCGGCGCCGCCGGAAGUUCAGCGACACCGAAACGGAGUUCAGUGAGACGGACAUGGAGGAGCAGCUGGCCAGGUCGCGAUCUUCGGUGGAUCCGCCGACGACGACGACUGGAGGAGGAGCCUCGGGCUCUGGAGGAGCCACCUCCACAUCCACUUCCCUGGGUCACCAGAGCGGCAGCCAGCGUCCGAGGGCCUCGAGCUUGGAUCAGUUCAAUCUGCGCUACGGGAUCGGGCGCGGAAUCUUUAAAGCAAUGAGCAUCGACCGUGAUAAAGACAAGCUUUGAGAACUAUAAUCACGACCAAAUCGAAAACGAAAUCUUACCAGUUCCCCAGAUGCCCAUUCCCAAAACCCAACCCCAACCAAUCGCAACCAGAAGCAAGUUACAACCGCAGACAACCAAUAAGCAAUGGAAUUAGGACAGUAUUACCGUGGUACAAGAACUAUGUAUAUGUAUAUGAUAUAAAGAAAAAUGAAAACUAAGGAUAUGUGAGGACAUAUAGAUCUAUAUUCUAUAUAUGUUUAGCCCUAACGAAAAAAACGCCCCCAGCAAAAAGAGAUCGAUAUAUACAGAUAUACACGUAUAAAGUAAAGCCCGAAUGAGAUAUAUAUAUAGAUAUAUAUAUAUAUAUAAAUGAAAUGUAGAAUUAACGAAAGCAAACUACUACUAAAAACCGAGAAACAACACACAAAUAGCCAGAGAGUGUUCCCACCCCUGUUCGAAAUCAUCAUCCUAAGCACUAUACCCAUUUUAACCGGAGGUUAUCUUUGUCCGCUUAAGGGAGCUUUGUCCGUUUGAAAUUUUUUACUCUUUGGUUAACGUAUUAAAUUUAAUUUAUAAAUUCCUAGCUGAAUUCAAAUUAUAAACUAGUUGUCCGUUAGUUAAUUUAACUGUUACUUUUCCUUGUUCCGGUUAAAUUCUUCUAAAAUUCGUGUGACCUUGUGAGUGAGUGUUUGCAAGUGUGUGUGUGCUAGAAAGAGAUGAUAAUUCCCACAUUAAACCGUCCUGAAAAACGUCCAUGCCCACGAUGUGCAUGUUUGUUCAUUUUGUAUGUAUCUGCAACUCUGCAACCACUGUGCAUCCCAAUUAUCUGGAUCCAAACCCAAAUCAGCUUUCAGUUUAGCUUGUGGACAACGGGGGCCUGGGUCUCUCUACAGAUGUAUAUACCUCUUAUUGUUAGAGACUAUGGAACAUAUAUAUACAUAUAUAUUUUAAGUACGUACAUAUAUAUAUAUACACAGAAAUAUACAUAGUUAUAUAUCUAUAUAUGAACUAGUGUAAUGAAAACCGAAAGCUUUAAUAACAUAUAUAGAGAACUAUUUAAGAAACAUUUUAAAUACUAAUCGAUUCGGACAAAUGUUUUUGAAAUAGAACAGGCCAACAACCCAUUUCCAAAACGAACAAACAAAGAAACAAGCAAAUACACCAAAAAGACACAUACACAUAAGGCAUACCUACACCUGCAUACGAAUAUCUAAAUAUAGAGCCUAUAAUAUGCGUAGAUUAGCGAUUUACUUGUUACAAAGAAGAACACCCUCAGUUCGAGCUGUUAAGCCUAUCUAAGCGUUAGUCGAACCUAUCGAAAACUUAGACUAGCCCCCUCUAUCCUACGAUCCUACGAU